CAGUUCGAUCAAGUCGCAUGCUGGGACCUCGAUGUGUUUGGAUGGUCUUUCUCGUCGCCUUCGUGCACGUCACAGCAGGAAUUGACACUGCCAACAAGACAUUGUCGUGCAUCGCGCAGUGUGCGCAGACAUGCGACUGCCCCAUCAGUUCCAACGGUGAUGUCUGUAGCAAUCGCGGCGCGUGCAUAGGCGGCACCUGCCGCUGCACCGCCGGCUUUGGCAGCACCAACACGUCCGUCGGAGUGUGUGAUGUUGAGUAUGCCUCCCUGAACAGCAGCACGUACCUGUUCGUCCUGAUCACGUCGUGUGUGUGCGGCCUCCUCGCGUACAAUGCGUCGCUGCUGUACCUGUACUACGUAAACGACGCUCUGUUCCAGAAGUCCCGUCCUGCGUUUGCGCAUGUCAUGAACGUAGGCACGGUCGCCAUCGCCAUAUCUAUCGGGGUGGCGGCGUCAAUCGUGGCCGACCCGCUUUCGUGUUCAGUGCUCUGGUGCGUCGCCGACCUGUCGUUUGUGCUGGUGUUUGGAACGAUUAUGCUACGCUUGUACCGCAACAUGUGUGUAUUGCUGUCGUCGUCAAAAGGCCCGCCCAUCAAGUUUCCAGACAAGUGGGUCUUUGCCCUUCUUGGAGGUCUGCUGGCAGUGGAAGUGGGUCUCUUGGUUGGCAUAUGGGCGUGGCAUGGCUUCGACGUGGACGAUACUCCGCCGUGGCUGAAUGCGGACGGGGUCACAUUCACCAAGUUCCAAGGGUGCUACCUUCGCUCGAGCACAUCUGGGAUUGUGCUCAUCGUCCCCAAAGGAGCGAAUCUGAUGGCUAUCCUCGCGUUAGCCCUUCAGCUCCGCCGCAACAAGACGGAGGAGCGCGACAUGACCAAGCUAGCGUCGGCCAUCGGCCUCACGUUGGGGCUAUGGGCCAUCGGACUGUCCGUGUAUGUCACAGCCCAACAGGCGUACGGUGAUAUGUUCUACCUCUGCCUCGUCUUUCUGCUGCUGCUUCCGUCCGCCAUGGUCGUCGGCGUCACCACGUACCCAAAGUGGGUCGAAAUCCAUCGCCAAACUUCGGCAGCCAGUGCCGCCGUCCGCCCCAGCACGAAGGCCGAUUUGAACUUGUUUCUCCACCAUAUUGACUGGCACGACGUCAGUCAAGUGGAAGACGCUGAAAGACAACUCAACGAGUACCUUGCCCACCGCGAUCCGCUCCACGGCCUCGACAUGGGCACGGUGCUCAUGCUCUUGUCCGACCAAGUGCGGCAUCGAGGCAUCCGCCGGCUAGCCGUCGGCCAACUGCACCAUGCCGACUUGAACUCGGUUGCGCUGUACCUGCCGCAACUCGUGCAAGCGCUAAAGUACGAUCUGGACGGGCAUGACGUGGCAACAUCUCCUUUCGUGGCAGUGUUACUCCGGUGUGCGAUGUUGUCGGUGGAGAUUGCACAUGCAUUUCACUGGAGUGUGGUCGUGGAGCUGCAAAACCAAGUCGCAGUUGUAGUCGAUGACAUGGAGGUUCAGUACCAGGACCGACCGACCAAGCCGUUCUUCCUCGCGCUGCACGCCCACUUUGUCGACACGUUGGCAGGAACUGAGCACGGGGACUUGGUGCGGCAUGCGUGUACGAUGGUCACGUUCUUGUCGGAUGUGUACGCCCAGAUGACCCAGCAAAAUCACCGCGUGGACGCUACGUCCAUGACAAGUCAGCUGCGGGAGGCGCUGGCGUAUCCGGAUGCCAAGUUUGCGUCGCUUCAUCCGUUGUACCCGUCCAUAUGGGUGCAGGGCUUUGACCCGGCGCAGAGCUUUGUGUUUAAGAGCAGCGCCAGACCCAUGAAGGUGCAGCUGGUGGUGGACCACACCGCCCAGCUGGAGCACAUCACGGUCGACAUGACCGAGCAGACGAGACGCCAGCCAGCGACGGACGCGUCGCAUGUCCUCCCAAGUUUGUACACGGUGGAAGUCACGUUCGCUGGGGUUCGGGGCCUGGUGGUUCCGACCUUUGACCAGUGCUGCUUUCGCGUGGACGUCCAAGGACACGUCCAGUCGUGUGAUGUCGACGCCAACGGAUGUGGUCAGGUCCAGUUGGAAGUUGGCACUUAUUUGCCAGACGUGGUCGAAGUGACCCUCGUGGAUACUACUAGUAUUACUAGCCCAAGCAAAAGCAGCCGAAACCUGACUCGUCGUCCGACGGGGGUAUUGGAGAUCCCGUUGCCGACGAUGGAAGCGACCCCCGUCGAGAGGCACAUCCCUGGCUCAGACGUGUACGUGACGGUGGGGGUGGAGGUGGUGGAUACUAGUAGUAAUACUAGCCACGUGGCCGAAGACGCGAAACGCGAAGGCCUCAAACGUGCGGUGACCCAAAAGCUGCAAUGCACGGUCGCGUCCGUCUCCCCCGGCAUCAUCUUCAAACGCGGAGACGACUUGCGCCAAGAUGCGCUCGUGUUGCAACUUCUUGCGGUUAUCGACAACAUCUGCACCAUACAUGGCCCCCUCCGGUUGCACUUUACACUCUACCGCGUCUUGGCUACCAGUGUGAACGAAGGCAUCACCGAGUUUGUGCCGGACAGUUGCCCGUUGUCGCAGAUCCUGCGCGAGAACCACCACAGCAUUUUGAGCUUUCUGCAGCGCCACCAGUUUGACGCGGGUGCCGUCAACCAUGUGAACCCUGUCGCAAUGGACAUCUUUGUCAAAAGCGUCGCGGGGUACUGUGUCGCAACGUACGUCCUCGGUGUUGGCGACCGGCACUUGGACAACUUGAUGCUGAAACCGUCGGGCCAUUUCUUUCAUAUUGACUUUGGCUUUCUCUUUGGCAACGACCCCAAGCCGUUGCCGCCGCCAUUCCGACUGACGCCUGAGAUGGUGUUUGCGAUGGGGGGGUUAAGUGGGGAGCCAUUUCAAAGGUGCAUUCAAUACGCAUGCGAGUGCUUCAACCUCCUGCGGAAGCAUGCGCAUGUGCUCAUGGCCGUGCUCCAGUUGACCAAAGACUGUGGGCUUCCUCACAUGCAAACGAGUAUGAGCGACGCCAAGGACGCAGCUAUCCGCGACGUGGAAAAGAGACUUGUGUUGCACGUGUCGAGUGCAAAUGCGACACAGUUCAUGACCCAGCUCAUGGUCGACUCUCAAAACACACCUACCACGGCGCGCUUGGGGCUUUUGGAGCGCAUCCAUCAAUUGGCGGUGGCGUUAAAGUAAUAAAUAUUCAAAAUACGAUUAUAUUCCAAA